AUGCCCAUUCUGAAGAAGCUCCCCGGAAGGUCCAAGAGCUGCCAUGAGAUCCCCAGAGUGAAUGGUGAACUGAUCCUGCCUCGACUGGACUUGGACCUCAGGGACUUGAAUGAUCUCAAUGAGCUAAAAGAGCUGAAUGACCUGAAGGAUCUGAACAAGAACCUAAACCCCUUUGAGGAUGUGGAUCUGGAUGAGGAUGAGAGGAAUGGAGGUGACAUGGGCCUCAUCAUGGGGGAGGUCAGAGGAAACCUCCAACUCAGGUCCUCCUGUGAUGGAGAAGAGGAGGAAAAUGAAGUGAAUGCAGAGAGGCAUGGGGCAGGGAACCCGAAAGGAAAACCCCUCAGAGGGACCCUGGAGCGGAUCUGUGGAGUGACACCAUUCAAAACUCUUGGAAAACUGGGAAAGGGUCUCCGCAUAUCAGGGCGCAACGUAUGGGGGAACAACUCUCCCCACUACAGCCCUGGAGAGUCAAAUACACUUCCACCAGAGAUGGAGAAAAGGAAAGGACUACGCAGAAGCUCAGAGGGAAUCAUGACCCUGCUCCGCUUUACAGGUCGACGUAAGGAGGAGCGCAGAGAAAGCCUGCCCUGUGGGGACCUGGUUGCAGCCAGUGAGGCUGAGGCUUCCAGGCGACAGUCCUUCCUGAAAAUGGUCAGCCUGGGCAAAGUGAAGAGAGAAUCCAUGUCAGACAAGGCCUCCCAAGGGACUGACGAGGAGACGGUGGAGGAGGAGCCUGUGGUCAAAACCAGAGAGCCCCUCUCAGUUCUUGAGAUCCUGCAGCUGGUCAACCACAGGGACCUUCUCCUGGCUGACACACAAAUUCAGGAGUUGGAGCGAGAGUGUGAGCUGUUGUCUCUCCUGCCAACCCCAACUACUCCCACCCUUGCUCCGACCCUGUGUCCAAGCACUCCACCCAGCAUGAUCCCCUUAACACCACCAUCCACGGAUGACUCCCUUAGUUCCAACGCAACACUGGACUCGAGCCGGAGGAAGGCCAAGGACGUGGAGCUUCUGUAUGAGGCCCUGCAGAAGGAGAUGUGGGACGUGGUGCGGGAGUCCCUCCGCCAGCCCAGCGCUGGCCCCAACCUUGGGCUGGUGGUGCUGGUGAUUCAACAGGAAGAGCAUGCAGAUGCUGUCUGGGCCCUCAGACAGGAGACCAAGCCAGAGCGAGAGGGCCCUCUGAUCCAGCCCAGCCAGCACUGGCCCCUGCCACUUCAGGUGGACACACAGGCGGGCCAGCUGGCCUCAUACCUGGAGCGCCUGAGGAGUCGGAUGGUGGAUGACCUGGAUGCAGCAAGGAGGAACGCUGUGUCCAUUUAUCCAGAGGAGUUUGCUGCCUUCCAGGUGUAUGUGGAAAGUUACCAUAGAGCUGUGGCCAAACGUCUUCAGACUAUUACCAGUGGCCCACUGCAGAUUACAGAUGUCUACUCGCUGCUGGACUGGUUCUUCAACAUCUAUAACAGGGAUGUUCUAGGAACCAUUGGCACAACCACACCGAUCAACUAUGCCCCAUUGGAACCCAUUUUGCUUCAAGACACAGUGGACAGGCUGGAACAAGACUGCAUCAAUAUUGUCAAGGAGAAUGUGACAACAGAGCUGAUUCAGGUUCUGGAUGAAGAGGAGAGGCGGUGGGCCCAGACUCUGCACAUAGAGGAGUAUCAGUCGCACCUAGCACGCGCUGUCAUCCAGAGACUAAAGGUAGAUUUGGACAGAUCCACAGCUGUGAACCAUUUUCUGGGGGCAAGAGUGGCUCGCUGUAGUCUCACUGGCCUGGCUGACUUUCUCUACAAUUUCCAGAGGAAAGUGGAGAUGUUUCAUGAGACUCAGGCAGAAUUUGGAGACCGAGGUGAUGGCUAUGUUUCCAAGACUAUAGCCCUGGUCAACUGCUGCCCCCCUCUCAGAGCCUUUGUGGAGCGCUGCAGGCAGUGUGACCCACAGGGCAGCGAGGAGUCGGCACAGAAAGCCAACUUGUCCCUGGACAAGAUCAUCAAUCAGUCAGUGAGGGUGCUGACUAACAGACUGUUCGAGCACAUCAGGCCUUUCUUUGACAAACUGAUCAAAAGAAAAUGGCUGAACAACACAGAGGCCUUCGAAGCCAUUGAAGCCUGCAUUAAACAACACUUCAAGAAGUUCAGAAGGAUGGACUCGCCACCAUAUCAGACACUGGUGGGCGAGGUCCACCGGCGGGUCGUGGGGGAUUUUGUGGGAGCCAUAAUGCGGGGACGGGUCAUCUGCACAUCCUCCAAGAUGAGGAAGAGGAUGGCUUUCCGCCUCCAAGAUGAGGCCAAACAGCUGAGAGGACUCUUUAAAGAUCUGGAAUCUAGCUCAUCCUGGUUGGAUAGUGUCAUCUGCCACCUUGCUGACAUCAUUCUCCUGGAGGACACUCCCUCCAUCCAGAUGGAGGUUGCUGUCCUGGUGAAAGAGUUUCCAGAUAUACGGAAGAAGCAUGUCUCCAGCCUCCUGAACAUACGAGGGAUGAUGCGGCAGGCAGAGCGCCAGGAGAUUCUCAACAUCGUCAAAGAUUUUGAAUGCAGCAGUGCUCUCAUGUGCCGGGACCGUGCCCUCUUUUCUGACAUCCCCAUCACCUCAGAGGUGCACUGCAUCAGCCUGGGUCUCCUCCGCCUUGCCAUGACCGUCUCCAACUGGUUCUCAGAGCACCGCCUGAGGCAGAAUCAUAGCGCAAGUGCCAGAAACACUACACCUCAAGCUGCUGAGAAUAUGGAAGGCAUGAAUAAAUUUAAGAGAGAAGACUAGCAGUUGUGUUAGGAGUGCAGUCACAGACAUGCUGUGAAGAUACUGAUGAAAUGUACAUGCACCUUGACCAAAAACUGACUGUACCAAAUACUGUUACCAGAAACUUGAUCUCAGGUACUGCACAUACUGUACAUGCUCACUGACUUACUGACAUUUCUCCAUUCCAACACAUGCAUUUUCAGUGGAAAUGUGAAACAGACUGUGGCUAGUAAUAGUGCAUUAUGAUUUUGAUCUAUACAAAUACAGAAGUAAACAAGUGGCAUUACAUAUCUUCUUCAAAAUGUAACUCCUUUGGUCUUUUUAGUCUUCUGUUCUUCCCCAUUAUUACAGAAACAACUGCUUGCAGGUGCAAUGCAAUAUGGUCUUAGACGUGCUGUUUAACAUGUAUCUACCCAACCAUGUAUACCCAUUCUCUGGUUUAUAGAGCAUAUGUAUGUAAGGUAAUGCUGUAUGGAAAUGAAAAUAUGUUGAACUUUCACUGUGAAUGAAAUGAAUGUUGCUGGAAGCAUAAUAAAAUCCCAUUGACUG